AUGCACCAAGCCUUGACCGCUCCAGGCCUGGCUUCCAGUACUCCAGUGCUUCUUAAAGACACCACCGAAGUGUCUUCGUUCGGAGCACACGAGCAGGUCUUCUUUGGCUCGGGCCCUGCAGGCCGUGGCGGCGCCGCCCGGACAGUCCGUUUUCUCCGGGGACGUGGGGGGCUGACGUCAGGAGAGCCCCGGCGAGGGGCCGCGCGUGCUGUGAACACAGCUAACAAGCCAUUUCUCUCACUGAGGAGCUCCGCCCCCCGAUUACGCACAGGUGGAAUAAAAAUCGUAAUUAGUUUAGAUCUUUCCCGAGGCCUGAGGGCGGCAGGGGCGCAGCGGGGAGCCAGCCGCGGGGUCCCCGAGCCCCUGGGAGGCGCCCGGGACGCCCCUGUGAGCCCGCAGGCUCUCGUGGCUGCGGGGCCUUCGGCUCUGGCGGCGCGGAUACAGCGUCUCCUUCACCGCUUCUCCUCUCACUCCUGCGGAGACGAAGCCGGCUGCUGCUCAGAAAGAAAAUGGGCCUGGACCAAUUCACGGCACGCGGACACCCGCGAGUCCAGAGGGGCUGCAGGACAGAGGCCAGGGGUCAGCAUUGCGGGCGGGAGGCCGUGUGCGCGUGGAGGGUUCCGUCAGUGUGAACACAGCCACCCACCCUCCUGCUUUGUCCCCUCAUCCCCCGUCCUGUGGGUCGACGUGUUGUCGGAGAAGUUGAGCGUGGCUCACGCAGCUGAGUCAAAGUCGGAGGCCUGGGUCUCCAGGUUCUCGGGACUCCCUCCUUUCAGCCUGCUGAGGGGAGAGAAAAGGACGGGAGGUUUCCAUCGGCCAGGCCUGGACGUAGAGCUUCCACGGGCCAGAAUUUGGCUGCUGGUCGCAUUCACUGCAAAGGAGACGAAAAAUGCCGUCUCGUUGCAUGACCCGGGAGGAAGGGCCACUCGGACACUGCACUGUCUGCGGCCGGGAAGACCCGGCAGCCCACGGGAUGCAGGGCUGUCCGCCUCUGGGAGGAUGGAGCCCCGGUUCCGAGUCCUCACCUCGUGGCCGGGUGACUACAGCCCCGCAAGCCGCUGGGAAGGCAGAACAGAGCUGGCGGGGCUGCUGUGGGGACAGCGGGGGACGCCAGGUGAAGAGCUCCGGGCGGGCUGUCCAGGCCUGGAGCCAAUCAUCUGUGCCCUGCUGAUCACACAUAUUGAUGUAUCUUCAGGGUUUGCGUUGCUUUUCCUGUCCGGGAGAAGACACUGGCUCCCGUACCCAGACGUCUUGUCCGUUUCCAUCCUCGACUCUGAGACUGCUGGCACCAACGUGGACAGGUUGGGACUUCAGAGUAUCUGCAAGGUGACUCAGGUCGUAAUGAGAGAACCCGAGGCCGCUUCUCAGAGCGGUGUGCGGCAGCAGGACGUGGUGUCAGUGCUGCAGCCUUUUCACCCAGACCUUCCGCUUGGAGAUGGUCUCUGCGGCCUGAAGCCUCCGGGGUGGCUGGCUGCCCAGGCGCCCCAGGUGCCCAGGGUGAGUGCCCAGGAGGCCCGUGGAGGACGGUGGGCGUGGGGCGGCGAUCAGAGCAAGGAGGAAAGGCCGGGAGGAGAUAGAGAGAAAGAGGACGGGGCACUGAGGCAGGGGGAGAGAGGCCGGGGCUGCCUUCUGGAAGCUGCCCACUCCCGGAGCCGGACACUGAUCAGUGUGUUUGUAUGCCCCGAGCCCCGGGCUCCCCUCUUCCUCUGUGCUCUGGACCGGCUGUUCCCUCUGCUGGGCCGGCCUUCCCCCAGACGAUCGGUGGGAGCCUUGCUGUGCGUCCCCCCGAGAGACGACACGCCCCCCACCCCAGGACCCCGGGCCGGGCAUCACUGCGUCCCUGCGGCCCCCAGGGAGGCCUGCUUCGUGGACAGGGUCCUCAGUAACACACUGGGGCUGGCAAGGGACACAGAUAUCAAGCUGGUGGUGUGCUGGGAGGCCUGUGCCCGAAGUUGUCUGGAGCAGGUAUCUCGAAAGAGCCAGAUCAGCAGCUCCGAGGCCGUGCUGGCCGCCUUGCUGUCCACAGAGCGCUGGGGAUUUUACGCUUGUGCAAGCAGGUCCUCCCGGAGAAGUAAUUUUCUCUGCAGGACACAGGCUCAGCAGUAA